AUGGCCGCUCGUCGUCUUCCUUCUCCUUUUUCACCAGCAACCGCAGCUUUCCUCCUCGCCAUCCUUCUGCCUCCUUUCUCCGUCCACGGCGACACGACGGCACACUGUGCACCAAUAAACGCCGCCAGCGACAGAGACCAGAUCCAGUUCGCUCUCAACUUGGAAUUCCUCGAAGCCGAGCUGUUCCUCCACGCGGCGCUCGGUCACGGGCUGGACGAAAUCGCCCCGGAGUACGCCCUCGGAGGCCCACCUCCCGUGGGGGCCCAGAAGGCCCAACUCGGCCCAAUAGUCUGGCGAAUCGUCGAGGAGUUCGGGUUCCAAGAAAUCGGCCAUUUGAGGGCGAUCUUCGAAACGGUUGGUGGAGUCCCGCGGCCGCUGUACGAUCUGAGCGCGAGGAAUUUCGGGGCGAUAUUUGAGGAAGCCGUGGGGGGAUAUUUUGGUGCGAGAUUGGAGCCGCCGUUCAACCCUUACUUGUGCGAGACCAACUUUCUGCUGGCGUGCUACUUGAUUCCGUACGUGGGGCUGAAUGGAUACGUUGGCACCAUCCCCAACUUGGCCAAAUACACGUCUCGAAGGCUAGUGGCCGGUCUGUUGGGAGCGGAGGCAGGACAAGACGCAGUCUUCCGAACACUCCUCUACGAGAGAUCCCAAGAACAGGUGCAGCCGUACAACAACAUCACGGUGGCGGAUUUCACGGCCGCGCUCUCGCAGCUGCGCAACCGCCUCGGGAUGUGCGGCCUGAAAGACGAAGGCCUGUGGGUUCCGCCGGAGCUCGGGGCCGAGAACAGGACGGAGAGCAACGUCCUGUCGCUGGACUUCAGCUCCCUGGCUUACGCGCGCACGCCGCCGGAGGUUCUGAGGAUCGUCUACGGGACGGGCGACGAGCACAGGCCCGGCGGGUUCCUGCCACGUGGCGGGAACGGUAAGAUCGCCAUGGACUUGCUUGGAGAUGGUAAAUGCUAG